AUGGGUGUGACAACAGUGCAUGGCGACUCUGACUGGAACUCGCAGAUGCAGAGCGCGGGAGGGAAACUGGUAGUUGUAGAUUUUUCAGCCGUCUGGUGUGGUCCAUGCCAGCAUAUCAAACCUGUCUACCACCAAUUGAGCGACCAGUACCAUGACGUGGUGUUUCUUGAGGUGGAUGAAGCACAGAACCGCUCGCUCAUCGGAGCAUUGGGCGUUCGUGGAUUUCCUACAUUUCAUUUCUAUGUGAGUCAAAACAAGGUAGACGAACUCGUAGGUGCCGAUCCGAACCAAUUGCGUGCCAAGAUUGAACAGUGGAGGCAAUCGGCCUAUAAUCCUUUUGCGUCUCCUGGCAUGACACUUGGCGCUAGCUCUGGCAGCUCAGUCAAGCCAAUGUCUGCUGCUGAGGCUCGUGAAGCCAGACUUAAGCGGUUCAACAAUGUGAGUUUAGUACCAGACGUUCCGAUGCCGUCUGCUUCAGUCGCUGCUGCUAAGCCGGCGGUACCAGAUUCUAACUUAGUGUGCGACCCAAAUACCGGCACUUGCCGUCCUCUGAGUAAGGAUGACAGAGAAAGCGACCAGAUGAAACUUCCACCUGUAAAUGAAGAUCUGUUGACGCAAUUGAAGGAAAUGGGGUUCAACGACCUUCACUGUCAAAAAGCUCUGCUUGCAACGGACAACCAAGGACUUGAAGUUGCUAUUAAUUGGCUUGGUGAUCAUCAAGACGAUGAAGAUAUUAAUGAGCCUAUUAAGUUUGUUGAUAUGUCGGAGAUGACUCGUGCCGUGACUCCAGAAGAGAAAGCUGCAAAAGUAGAGGAAUUAAAGGCUCGCAUUGCAAAAAAACGUGCUGAACGCGAAGAGCAGGAAAAGGUGGAUCAGAGAGUCAAUGAGCUUAAGCGCCGUACGGAGGGACAGGGAUUGCUUGAAGCACGCGAAGAAAUUGAAGCUAUUCAGCGGAAAGUUGCAGCGGAAAAAAUGAAAAAGGACAAAGAAGAUGCUAAACGGGAGCGUGAGCGCUUGAGGAAACAGCUCGAGAUGGAUAAGCGUGAACGUCAAGCCCGUGGUGGGCGCUUGGGUGGUCCACCUAUUGAUGUUGCACCGGUUGAAAUAAGCGAAAAAAUGGAGGAAGAAAAAGUAAAGGGACCUGUAUUAACGCCAAAGGAAAAUAUUACAAAAAACGUCGGGAUUUUAAAAAAAUACCGCGUCGGCAACGAUGGUCUUACGGCCUUGAAGACAUUAGACGUUUAUGUGAAGAAUCUGAUUGAGAAACCUGAGGAAGAGAAGUUUCGCACAAUUAAUCUUGUAAACCCGGCAUUUCGUAAACGAGUUGCUAGUCUCGCAGGUGGCGUGGCGCUCUUGAAGAGCCUUGGAUACGCGAAAGAUGAGACUGAUGGCAACUUGAAGCUUUCUGUCGAUAAACGGGAUGUCGAGCUGCUGAAAUACGCUCAUAUACAGCUUCAGGGUGCUAUUGCAGAGCUUACGCACUGA